AUGGGAACAAAUGCUCCUCUAAUUUUGGGGAUCGAUCUUGGUACUACGAGCAUUAAAGUUGCGCUUGUGACUUGUGGUCCAAAUCCCAGAGUCGAAGCAAGCUUAUCUCGUGAUAUUGGAAUUAUUUCUGGACACAGCAUGAGCAAUUUCGGGUUAUUUUGUCUUGCCAACGAACAUACUCAAGACGUUGGGAAAAUCUUUCUUUGUUUGCAUCUAAUUCUCUCCUCAGUCUCCCAAAGUUUAAUGUCGCGUGUUACUGUAAUCACCGUUUCCGGGCAAAUGCAUGGUGUUGUUGGGUGGUUGGGAAAUAAUCUAGCCUUCAUUGAGAAAUCCAGAAUCACGAAAAAGAAACUUGAUGUCAAUGUUAGCGGUGGUGGCUGUGGAAAACUCAUUACUUGGAUGGAUCGUAGAUGCAACCAAAAAUUUCUUGAUUCCCUGCCCAAUCCCAGCAGAAGUCAGAAGCCGUUUGCAGGCUUUGGAUGUGCCACAAUUCUCUGGCAUUUCAAAAAUCAACCUGAUGAAUUUUCAACGACUCCAAUGACAGUAGAGCAGGAGUUGGAAGUCUUCGACAAAGUAUCAGUUUUGAGAAAGAUAUCCGUUGGAUCAAGUCAGCGUCCAUCAAUGCCUGAUUCAAAUGACGUAGUCAAUGGGGUCUCCGCACAAUCGAUAUGUCGUUCUAUCUCACAAAGCACUCUACCUCAUCUUAAUCGCCCAAUUCAGCACGCGCCUUGGACAUGUGCCGGGACUAUUGCCGACUUUCUCGUUGCCGGGCUUGCCUCCCUGAAACGACCCGUAAUGUCUCCUCAAAUGGCCAUGUCUUGGGGAUACUUUGAUGCAGAGAACAACUGUUGGGAUAUGAAUGCGUAA